AUGGAUCAGGCAAUAUUCAUUGAUGACGAUGAUGUUGUCAUGAUCGGGGAUGACACGGAUGAGGUGGUUCUUCUAGAACAGGCCCCCAGCAUAUCUCCAACACCUUUUCUCACUAACGCCGCAUUCAAGAAUCGAGCUUCUCAAUCAGUGCCUAAAGGGAGCCACCAUCAAGUGUCGAUGCUUCGAUCUCGAUCGGACGGUUCUGCUGAUCCCAACUAUUCAACUAGGUUGCCUCCCAUUGACCUAACGACCGAUGUGGCUUCUCGCCAUCCCAUAUCCCAGGAUUGCGCCGACCCUGAAGAUAGCGCUCGCCGUGUUUCGUCUAUCCACGUAAAAUCAAUACCGCGAGACGAGGGGUAUAAAUCAUUACACCACUGGAACAUCGGGCCUGGAGCCAGUACCAGUCAAGAAGCGCCACGCGGCCCUGUUGACUUUUCCAGACUCUCAAAUGAUAGAGCACUUUAUAUUACCGCACACGACGAACUGGCCGCCAAACCCCAAAUUAUGCCUCGUGCUUCUAUGCACGGGCGUCGCUAUUCAAAUGAAAGCCUAUUAUCAAUUUCGGUUGAAGAAGAUGGAGGGGAAAGUACUUUUGCCCAAGAUGUGCCGUUGCGCAGAGAUGAUAACGUCAUCCUGAUCGAAGACAACGAUGACUUCGAAUUCAAGCUCGAAGCCGAACUCCUAGAAAAGCCCGAGUUCGAGUUCUUACGCUCAGUCAGCGUGACUGACAAGCCGAAUACCCAGCGAAACCCUAGAGUCGUUCAUUCAUUACGCAAUCCCCCAAUUAUUAGUCCUUAUUUCGAAUGUGGUAGGUACUUGCACGGAAAGCUCGACUUGCGACCAAUGAAGACAGUAGAGCUAGAUGAUGGAGAUUUUGUCUAUAUCAAGCACGUUGUGAAGUAUGUCAAGCCUGAAGACAAGUUUGACUUCAGUCUCGAAAAUGCUCAAGAUCCUCCUAUCACAAUUCGAGGGCUGCGAUUGCAAAGAUGCAAAUACCUCAACGGUAUGCUGGAGAAGAAGAUGAAUGAAGUCUGCCUAUGCUACGAGAUUGAUUUAGACGACCAACGUGAGCCCGAAGAGCAGAGUCUCGUCGAAGUAUCUUUGAGCUCAGUCAAAGCUUUACGUAGUCUUCGCUGGACGAAUCACAAGUACCCACGAUAUCGGAACCUCGAUCGCGACGCUAUCGACGACUACAAAGAUGCAUAUAACACAGGAGGGCUCACUGUACGCUGGAAAUACACUUGCACAUAUGCUUCAGCUUCAGCUAGAGAGCAGAACAUAUACGCGGAGCGAACUCUAGAACGAAUCACGGAGGAUUGGUUGUCGUCGGUACAUCGAACCUCGCACACAUAUCUGACCUCGAACUCCCGAUUGCGGACAGAAUGGCGCGGAGAGACUAUCCCCGGUGGUACUUACUUACCGGAAUACUACGAGAUUGAGGAAGACGAUGACCCAAUGGCUGAAGUCCAACAGCCUAAAGACUCUACCAUGAUCGAGGACACCCAAAGUCGACGCAAAUCAUUCGUAGUUGUCGAUGAUGACGAUGAUGUUGAUGAUGAUGACGGUGGUACUUCUCCACCUUUGAGCUACCAGCAGUUUGGUAUGGAUGGAAUGCAAAUCAAGCGCAAGUCGGAUUUCUCCUUCUCUUCAGAUCUAAACUGUUUCCAAGAAGAUGAUCAGCCAGCCAAAAGAGUCCGUCAAGAUUCUGACGAUAAUAUCGAAAUGAUCAGGCAGCGUUUAGGUCAAGUCAUGCUUUCAUUUAAUGGCGAAGAUUACGUCAAGUAUUCUUACAAUAUAGGGACUCCCGGUACAGAUUCAGGCAGUACAACCGGAGAUAAUGAGGCAUCUCCGGGACAUGUUCAUAGUCCUGGAAGCUCGUCUAGAAGCAUUUGGUCGAACAGAGACGUUCCAUCAAAAGUGAGGGGUCGCUCAACUUCACCGAGAAGCGGCUCUCCAGGCUCUCAAAUUUCCUAUUCCGAGACUAGUCUUUCCCAUGCACCAUCAUCAACUCCAUCACCAGAUAUCCCUCCUCAAAUUGACAUCAAUUCUUCCGAAUUAGCCUCCCCACCCCCUAACGGCGUGAUCGAUUUGUCACCCUCACCUUCACCCCAUCACUCUCGCUCAUCUUCACUAGCCACUUAUAAUGGCUCCACAUCACCCUCAAUCAAAAAACCACGCACUCUCGCCCCUGGCCAAACCUAUACCUACGGCGACGCAUUCUGCGGGGCUGGGGGUACUACCCGCGGUGCUGUCAUGGCUGGUCUCCGCGUAAAAUGGGGUUUCGACUUCAAUCAUCACGCCUGCACAACCUGGCGUCUCAAUUUUCCCCACGCAACCUGCUACGAAAUGUCCUCGGAGCGCUUCGUAGCCCUUGCUACCCCUUCCCCAUAUUCCUCCUACACCCCUGACGAUGUCAAAGUUGAUAUUCUCCAUCUUUCGCCUCCGUGUCAGUAUUUUUCUCCCGCGCAUACGAUCGAGGGAAAGAAUGAUGAGAUGAAUACCGCCAGUCUGUUUGCUGUGGCUGCGGUUAUCAAGGUGGCGAAGCCGAGGGUUGUGACGUUGGAACAGACGUUUGGGAUUUUAUAUCCGAAAUUUAGGGGCUACUUUUCGAGUUUGAUUUGUAUGUUUACUAGUUGUGGGUUCUCGUUGAGGUGGGCUAUUGUACCAUUAGCUCAAUGGGGACUUCCACAGAGACGAUUUCGCUUGAUUAUUAUCGCAUCAUGCCCAGGCGAACCCCUUCCCCCAAUGCCGCCACCAACCCAUUCCUCACCCUCCUCUCCCCUUCCCAACACACAUCUUUUCAAGACCGUCCAUCAGACUCUCCGCGAAAUUUCCGCUUCCGCCGCAAACCACGCGCCUCAUCUCCUCCCCGAAAAGGAUCUAAAACCAUAUGAUCCGCACUCGAUCCUUCCACGGACAAUGACAACCAGCGGUGGCGAUAAUUGGCAUCCAAGUGGAAAACGAGGGUUUACCGAUCGGGAAUUUGCGUCUCUACAGGGCUUUCCAUUGCAGCAUCGAUUCGGGCUAACUGGGAUCAAGAGACAGAUUGGAAACGCGGUGCCGCCUGUGGUGGCCAAAGUAUUGUUUGAGGGGAUAAGAAAGUUUAUGGAGGGGAUGGAUGGGAUAGUGAAGGAUGUCGGGGGUGAAGAUGGAAGUUUAGAAGUUGAAGAUGGUGCGACUGGUGAUGCGAUGGAUAUUUGUGAGGACCUUGAAGGAGUGCAGGUUGUGCGUGAGGACCAUGAAGUGGAAAUUGUGGAUCUUGUUGGGGAAACGGACGAGAGAGGUGAGGAAGAGGAAGAGGUGGUUAUGGGCAUGGAUGAAGAAAGUGAUGAUGAUGAGGUUGAGAUUGUUAGGGCUGUACAUGUGCUAAGACAUUCUAUUAUUGAUUAG